AUGGUCGCCGACGCCCUUGUCUACCAUCCAGCCCUUGCGCACUGGCUGAAGUUCGUCUCAACCACCGUCGGCCGCGAUAAGCUCCUCCGAACCAUCCAGUACUUCUCCCGCUUCUACGCCUGGUACUUGUACCGCACCAACAAGCCGCAAUCGGCCAUCGACCCCUACAAUGCCGUCAAGAAGCAGUUCGGAACUACCCGUAAGCUCAUGCGGUUCGGCAAAUUUCUCGAGCACCUGAAGGCUGCUUCUGUCGCCCUGGACAACAAGGCCCCCAUCGACCCCGUGCUGCGCUACCUGGCGGUUGGCCGCCAGCUCGGAUAUGCCGGUUACCUGACCGUCGAUGCGAUCACCGUCGUCGACGCCGUGGGCUACCGCAAGCUGGAGUCUGUCAAGCGUCUCCAGGAGACUGCCUACCGCUCCUGGUUCGCCGGCCUGGCCUUCAGCGCCGCUGCCGGUAUUUACAGCCUUUACCAGCUUCAGCAGAGGGAGAAGAGUCUUGACCUUAAGGAGGGUGAGGGUGUUGUCGAGGCCAAGAAGAUUGAAAAGGAGCGCGCCGCCGCCCGCGUGCAGCUCGUCUCUGACUUCGCUGAUCUGCUCAUUCCCGCCUCAGCCAUCGGCCUGCUCAACCUCGACGACGGCAUCGUUGGUAUCGCCGGUACCGUUAGCAGUUUGAUCGGCGUUUGGUCGCAGUGGCGCAAGACCGCCUAA